AAUCCUUCCUCCCUAUAAAUUCCCUCUCCCAUUCCCCCCAAUUUUGCAUCAAUUUCCUCACCAACAAUCUCUCUCAAUUCAACAAUUUCAACAUAACCAAGAUGAAUUCCAUGUUCAGUUUAUUCGACGCCUUCGCUGCCGAAUUCCUCCUCGGCAAUUUCGUUAGGGCUUCCUCCUCUGUUCCUUCCUUCACUCCCAACAACAACAACGCCUCCCCCGCCGUUCCGAAGCCGCUGCCUAGUAAGAAGGAAGAAGAACCGAAAUCCAAGAAUUCGUUGAUGAAGCCGAGGUUUGCUCUGGAGUUGGAUGGUCUCAAUUGCUUUGAGACUCUCGUCCCCAAUUGAGGUUUUCGGAUGAAAUAAUCAAAGAUUCAAUUCAACUCAUAUAUUUUUUUUUCAUUCAUUCUUUCAGUUUAAGGGUUUAGAAGUUAGGUUAUACGACGAAAUUUGAGGAUAAUAUUGGGAAACUAGAAUUGUAUUAUAAUACAAAUCAGCCUUCUUCUUUUGGUUGGAAUUAGAUGAUUGGAUUCUGUUAUACGCUGGAAUUUGAUAUGAAAUCUCUGAUACUAUAUUCGUUAAUUCAUUGCUCUUGCUGGUUAA